AUGGAAAAUUUCGACAAAUUCUACCGUUAUUUCGAGCGACCUCCGUUUGCCCCAGUUUAUUAUCCAACUCCUGAAGAAUUUCUUGAUCCUAUUGCAUAUGUGGCAAAAAUUCGUCCAGAAGCGGAAGAAUACGGUGUGGUCAAGAUUAUUCCUCCUGAGAACUUCAAACCACCGUUCGCCAUUAAUAAUGAAACCUUCGAGUUCACUCCCCGUAUUCAAAAACUUAACGAGGUCGAAGCACUUGUGAGAGAGAGAUUGGUGUUUAUGGACAAGCUGACGACCUACUGGAACUUGCAAGGUUUUGAGUUCAAACCGUUGGUUGUGGACGGCAAAACUAUCGAUCUUUUCAGGUUGUAUAAGAUUGUUUGUUCUUUUGGUGGAGCAGAUGUUGUCACUUCUAAGAAGCAGUGGUCUCAUGUGUCUCGAAAAGUGAAUGUUCGUAGCAACCAUGGCCCUUCUAAUAUUAAAACAUUCUUCACAAAGUUCAUCCAUCCCUUUGUUAUCAUGAUUGAGAAACAGGAAAAUGACAAUGUGGACGAAUUAGUUUGUGAUGAAGAAACGAAGGAUUCGAAAGAAGAAUGCAUACCCACAAUGCAGGGGAGGAGGCGUCAACCAAGGCCUCAAGGUCGUAUGAUGGCAGGGCUUCCUCAACCGAAAAAAGCAAAAGCUGCUACUCCAAAAAAGAAGGCAGACCCAAUGGAAAAUGUUUACUGUGUUGUAUGCCGGCGUGGAGACGAAGAAGAUCGGCUUUUACUGUGUGAAGAUUGUGACAAAAGCAUGCACACUCACUGCUGUGUUCCCCCUCUGGAUGGCGUUCCAAAGGGAGAAUGGCGUUGUCCUACUUGUGUUGCAAAAGAAGUUGCUAAAAUCGGUGUCAACUUUGGAUUCUACGAUGCUCAUACUACGUACAAUCUCUUCACAUUUGCGGAAUAUGCAAACAAAUUCAAGACUGACUAUUUUAACGUGAAGGAACCUGAGGAUGUUUCUGAUGAAGCAGUGGAAAGAGAAUUUUGGCGAAUAGUUAAUGAUAUGGACGACACCGUUUCCGUUAAAUACGGCGCUGAUCUGAUUACGAGCAAGGUGGGAAGCGGUUUCCCUCGAAAAGGAGAUGAUUAUCGUGGUGUCGACGCGAAGCAGAAACAUUAUUAUGCAAACCAUGCAUGGAACCUCAACAAUUUGCCAGUUCUUAGAGAAUCUGUUCUUUCUCAUAUUGAAACUGGUAUUUCAGGUAUGAUGGUUCCUUGGGUAUACGUUGGAAUGUGCUUCAGCACAUUUUGUUGGCACACCGAAGACCAUUGGACGUACAGCAUCAAUUACAAUCACUGGGGUGAGCGGAAAAUCUGGUACGGAAUAGGCGGGAAUUAUGCUACCCAUUUCGAAGAGGUUGUUCGCGAUUUAGCUCCAGGAGUUACGAAACAGAAAGACAUUUUUCAUCACAUGACUACAGCUGUUAAUCCCGCUAUACUUCUCUCAAAAGGUGUAAAAAUUUGGACGGUGCAUCAAAAUGCGGGUGAAUUUGUGAUCACGUUUCCACGUGCAUAUCACGCAGGAUAUAACGAAGGGUUGAAUUUUGCAGAAGCUGUUAAUUUUGCACCAAUUGAUUGGCUGAGCAAAGGACGUCAAUGCAUUCGCGAAUACGCAUAUGUUCGUCGAUUUUGUGUGUUCUCCCACGAUGAGUUGGUGCUCAAGAUGGCUUCCUCGUGUGAUAAGCUCGGAAUCGCAAUGAGCCUCGCCGCCCUGGAUGAAAUGUUGGAGAUAUCAAAACGAGAAAGUCAAGACCGUGUCCACGUUAUGGAAAGUGGUAUAUCUUUGUCGCGUAGGGAAAACUUUGAGACAAUUGCGGAUGACGCUCGCACGUGCAGAUACUGUAACACCACGGUGUUUCUUUCGGGACUGUCUUGUGGUCAUGGAAGAACAGUUUGCUUGGAGCACUACGAUCAUCUGUGUAAUAAAUGUCCUGUUUCAGAGCGUGUUCUAAGGUAUCGUUACACAAUUGAAGAACUAAAUGACAUUGUCCAUAAGCUAGAAGAGCGUACUACACUUUAUUUUGAAUGGAAAGAGCAAGUGGACAACAUUUUGAACGACUCCAAAAAACCUUCGAUGACUGCUGUGGAGAAUCUUGUGGAAACAGCUCGACACAAACGAUUCCCUCAUACAACUCCACUUAUACGACUACUAGAUAUAACGAAGAAGUCUCAUGCUGCUUCAGAGAAGGCUCGUACUCUUCUGAAUGGAAAAGUCAGAACGAGAGUUAAAACACGUAUCCAACGUGCUGACACUCGUCUCGAUAUCGCUGGCAUCCGAAGUCUUAUCGACGAACUUCAGUCCUUACCUUGUGAUCAGCAAUCAUUGGUGGAAGAAGUUGAGUCCCUCAUCAACAGGAUAGAAAAAUGGCAAGAAGAAGCUCGUGCAGCAAUUGAAGAAUGUAAAUCUGAAGACUCCAAGGCGUCGUCGGUGGAUUUGAGAGAGUUGGUUGAACGCGGUGAAGGAUUUGAUGUGCGACUAGAUGAAAUAGAUCAGCUUUGGCGAACAAUCGAAAUGCGGGAAUGGAGUGCCCAAGCAAAGCUCGUCCUGGAAUGGACUACCACAGAUGACAUGGAAAACGAUGAUGAGUUUCUGAGCCGUGAGAGAUGGAAAGCAGAUGAUAUAUUACGCUUGAUCUCCGAAGGUUCUCGCUUGUUUCCCAGUGACAGUCCGUCUUCUCCUCUUAAUUGUCUGCACAGUCGUUUAAAAACAGCUUUACUGGCUGAAUCUAAGGUGGAGCGGUUGUUCGCUGACCCAUCGUCUGCGGAAGGCGAUCUUGAUAGCUUAUGGAGCGAAAUUCGUGAAUCAGAUUGGUUGAACUCUAAAGUAAUGGAUAACAUGCGAGAGGAGCUACUCCGAGUACGCGCUGUUCGAGAAAGGACAACUAAUAAGGAAACAACGCUGUGUGAUUGCUUAGAGCUGGUAAAAGCAUGCGAGGAGUCGAAAUUUCUUCUCAACUCGGAGUUACACAAGAAAAUACUGCUUGAUCGUGAUGGACUGCUGAAGUUUACUCAAAGACUUAUGAAUCUAUUUCAAAAACCUUCGUCAUAUUAUAAUUUGGUAGAGAUCAUACGUGAUCGUGACGAUAUUGCGGCUCUAGUAGAAGGUCAGGUAAUUCCUCAUUUUCUGGUUGAUUCGCCUGCACCCGAGGAUCAAUGGACACAACUACGAGAAUUUUCGUCAUGUGCUGAAAUGAAGGAACAUUUGUAUGCGCUGCGCGAUCAACAACGUGCUCUUAUAGGAUCUCUGCAAGAUGCAAAUUCGAAACGUUCUCCUGUUGACACGUGUGUAUGUGUAAGCAGCAGCAACAGUCAACAGCAUUCCGAUAUAUUAGUCUGCAUAUUGUGCCGAGCAAAAUACCAUGUUUCCUGCUGUCAAUGGGAUCCAUUCCUCGAACGUCUUCCUGAGGGUGCAUAUCUUUGUGUGAGAUGUUUACGUGGAAGAAGACCAUGCAUUGAAGACGUUCAGGCUGCCUGUAACUUAGCCCCUAGCAAUUCCCUGGAGGUGAUUCUCGUCCGCGAGCUCGUUUCUCGUGGAAAAGAAUUGGCAUAUGAAGCGAAAACAUUGCUUGCUGAUAUUGCCGUAGUUGGUGACGAACUAAGUGGCGAACUGAAAGACAGGUUCCUUUUACGAACAGCGCAAUCCGUUGUUGAAUCAGUAAUGGCAUGCGAAGUUUUGGAUAUGGACGUUUUGCCGAAUGUGGCUCCACUCAUUCAGAAAACAUUUUCUUCUGUCCUCGAUCCUCAGAAGAAAGCGUGGUGUUCAUUGCGAGACCGGCCAACCCGUUCUUCUCCUAUGCCUUUUAUUUUUAUUCGGCCAAAGAGAGGGAAACGUAAUUCGAGCGGUAAACAUUCAUCGAAGAAGGAACGGAAGAAGUCCAGAGUUGUCUAUCAUCAAGAUAAUGAAAUGUGCUCUGCUGACACAUGCUUGAAACCAUAUGGCGAAACGGUGGGUUGGAUCCUGUGCGAAGCUGGUUGUGCACGUUGGUAUCAUUAUGUCUGUAUUGGUAUGACAGCUGAAAGCGCAAAAGCUCUUCCGUCGUAUAUUUGCUAUCGAUGCAGCAGUUCCACACAGCAGGUGGCUCAACACCCCGUUGCAGUAUGA